GACGCUAAGUAGAAUCAUUUUCGAAACCUUUGUUCGACCAAAAAAAUAAAAAUGAGUGGACGUUAUAGCGAUCAAGCACAUAAAAAACAUACUACAUUACUGUAAAUUUAAGGAAAUUGGUGAUUCUAAAGUUUAAAAAAUUCCCGCUUCCUGUUAUCGUUUUCAUUUGCGCGAAAAGGUCAAGGCUAUGGUAGGCAACUACUCAGACUCUUCCACUCGUCCACAAAGUCGCUUAAUUAGUGUUUACUUUUGAAUUGAGAUGCCUAAACGACAGUGUCCGUUUGGCGAAUCUUCAUCGCAUCAGUGGAAAAUGCACGUCGGUAAAAAAGAAGUUGACAUGGGAGUCAGAAGCGAAGAACUCAUGAAAAGUGUUUACGAAAAAACACGACAGAUGUUAUUUAAAGGUGCAUCAAAAUGCUUGGACAUAAAUGAAAAUCAUGUGUAUUGGCCUCCAGAAGGGGUUUCAAGAACUGUUUCCACCAUAAAGUUGGUUCCAGGACCAGGCCAACUUUACUUAAAUAACUGUGGCCAUCUUAUGACUACACCUGGUGACAUGGUUAUGCCUUGGGUUAAAAAGGGAGAUACCGCUGGAACACAGAGCCAGUGCUGAAGUUGAGGAUAAUUCUGCUGAUGGUGACACAGUUUUUUACCCCAAAAUUCAUCAUCCUCAGACAUGUGGGGUCCCAGCAGCAUCUGUGACAAUUUUAUCAGCUAUGGACUGUGAUGUGCACUUGGUUGGUCAUGGAAUAGAACCUGCUACAGAUGUUAAUCAGACUUUGCCUUCAGUGUCAUCUAUGAAAGAAGUUAAUAAUUUGGAGACCUUGCUUGUGGAUUCAUGCAUCCUACUUCAGCAGGGGGCAAAGCAUGCCAGUCAUGCAGAAAACCUCUUGGAUAUCAGCACUGGAUGUCAUGCAGCUUCUGUGAGCGGCAGGUGUGUGCUGACUGUGUUCGCCAAUGUGACAGAUGCACCAGCGAUUUCUGCCAUUUUUGUUCUGUGCUCAAUUAUGGAGAGGCUAUGGAGAGAGCAUUUUGUCUUGGGUGCAAUAGAUAGCUUGUUUAUUAAACUAUUAUGCUUGUCACAUCUUUGUCUAAAGUGUUCUGUAUUUGCUUAGAUUUCUUUACUUUUAAAGGUUAGAUUUUAUUGUUUUUCAGAAGGAAAGAUCUUGUUGCUUAUAAGCACAACCAAAAAUAGUUUCUUAAAUUUGAUAAUGACUUUAAGCAUAAUUACAGAAACAUUACUAUAUGAAAACACUAAAAUAUUUUUGUGAUGGAUAUUAAAUACAGAUUAUACUUGUCUACUGGAGAAGAAAUAGCAGAAGAUAAUCUAAAGCCAAGAGAGAAAGAAAUACAUUUUUCUUAGCUUUUAAAGUGAGAGACAAAGUUUAUGCAUAUACCUGCAUGCGCACAUGUACGCUUUUGGUACGGCAGCAGCAUCAUAUCCAGAAAUUUUUCUUGUGUAAAAUAUUUACUUUUUGUUUCUAUUGUUACUGAAAUAAAAUUUUGUAAUGAUUAAAAUUUAUGUAAUAAAUCUAAAUACUAAAAUUA